UCAGAGGUCAUGGAUGUAGAUGUAGUCAUUCGGGUCCAGUUACCAUCAGAAUGACUGCAGCAUCUUAUACAGUUGAUCUUGUGGUUUCUUGUCCUGUCAGACCAGCAGGUGGAGGUGAAGGUGGAGGAAGGGUCAGACUCUGUCAUCCUGCCGUGCAAAACAACACAUCACAACUCAUCACAGUCCAUGAGUUUUCUAACAGAAAUGAUGACCUUAUAACUCAGGAUGACCUUUACAGAGACCGAACAAAGAUGAAUGAAGACCUGCUGAGAACUGGAGACCUCAGUCUGACCCUGAAACAGCCCACAGAGAGAGACACAGGAGGAUACAUCUGCACCAUCUACAGGGACAAAGAUAUCCUGAGACAGAAAGUAGUGCUGCAGGUCAAAGAACCAUUUCCAUCUUGGUCAAAAACUCUCCUGGUUCUCAUGAUUCUUCUUGUGGUUUCUGGAGGUCCUUUAUGUCAUUUCUGUUUCAUGUCAGUUUAUAAGGUGGAGGUGGAUUCAGGGGUGGAGUCUGUCCAGCUGCCCUGCAAAACUGUAGUUAACUUCCUCAAAGACCCUAAAGUGGAGUGGAAGGACAGAAUGAACAGGAAAGUCCAUGUUUACCAGAACGAUUCUGAGCACCAUGAUGAACAGGACCAGAUUUACAACAACCGAAAAUAA